AUGGGAAGUGCAUGCGGAGCAGCUGCUGGCAACUUCGACAGGCAGCUGCACCAGGCGGCACGAAACGACGAGGUCAACUUAGCCAAGGCCGCGCUGGCAAAGAAGAGGAGCAGCCUCAACAGCAAGGACUUGGCUGGCUUGCACACGGCACUCCACAUCGCCGCCUAUGAAGGUAGUGCGGGAGUGGCGCAGCUGCUUCUUGAUGCCAAGGCUGCUCUGGGGGCCAAAGAUGGGAGCCGGGACACUCCUUUGCACCUCGCUGCGUACAUGGGCCAGGUUGCACACACUCGCAUUGCUCAGUUGCUCCUGACCAAGAGGGCUGCGGCUGACGAGAAAGGUGCUGAUGACAAGACGGCUCUUCACCUGGCUGCGAGGCGAGGGCAGCUUGAGGCGGUGCAGCAACUCAUGGGUCAGGGUGCACAGCCCGCAGCGGCCGACAAGGAGGGAGACCUGCCCUUGCACGAAGCUGCGCGGAACGGCCACGUGGCAGUGGCUCAGGAGCUGCUGAGGGCGCGGGUGCCCGUGGAUGCCGCGAGCCGCAAUGGGAAAACAGCGCUCCAUGUCGCUUGCACCUGGGGCCAGGAGGCCGUGGUCGAGGUUCUGCUGCAGAACGCAGCCUCGGUUAAUGCAGCCGACAUUUGUGGCAACUCGCCGCUGCAUGAGGCUGCAAGAUGUGGACGGCGCUUUCUGUGCGAACGGCUCGUGUCGUGUCGCGCGCCCCUGGAAGCUCGCAAUCGGGACCAGCGGACGCCGCUCCACGCUUCUGCAGCAACUGGGAACUACGAUUUUGCUGGAACUUUGAUGCAGUAUGGAGCAAGUUCAGAUGCCCCUGACAAAGAUGGCGACACUCCGGUUCACCUUGCUGCAUUCUACGGUCGCACAGGAGUGCUGGACGUGAUGAUGCAGCUCCGAGUUGUCACAUUGACGCUGAACAAGGAGGGCCGCUCGCCUGUGCACCGAGCUGUUCAGGGAGGCCGCGUCGCGGCACUGAAGCUGCUGGUCGGAGUGGCCGGCAGACCAACGCUACAGACAGACACGCCGGACAACCAGGGUGAGACACCCAUGCAUUUGGCGACCACCCUCGGGGAUGGGCAUGAGGUGGUGGAGACUUUGGCUCAGAAUCCUGGCACUUCCCUUGAGGCUCGGCGAGGAGACGGCUUGCUACCUUUGCUCCUUGCAGCCCUGCAAGGAAAAGCACGGACUGUUGAGUGUCUGCUGCGUGCAAAAGCACAGGUGCAGGCAGUCGACAGCUCCGGAAAUACAGCUCUUCAUUUUGCUGCAGGAGGUGGCCAUCUCUCGGUGGUUCACGCUCUCUUGACACGACAGGCUUCGCCAAACGUGCAGAACCAGCGCAACGAGACCCCUUUCCAGGUAGCAGGUACCCGUGGCUACGUGGAGGUAGCACGAGCCAUGAACCCUUUUGUGUCCGUUGAGUCAACAAUGCCGAGUGUGGUUACUCAAGCUGGCCCUGGUGCAUUUGCACAAACACUGCCCUAUCCGACCUAUCCGGCGCCGGUCACACUCCCGGGCAUGGCGCUGGCGGGCGGCACCGGCAGCUUCUCCUCGGACACUGCUCGAGCUCGCUCGCUUCCGCCUCCUCGCACUGGCAAGGAGCCUUUGAUGAGCCUUCUGAGACGUGGCCAAGCAGCAUCGCCCGCUGCAAGUGUAACUGCAACUUUCAGAUCCAUCGAGGAAUGCAUUUCGGCAGCAGGCAAAGUUGAAGAGGAGGUGGAUCCAAUCACACGCUUUGCUUGCUCUCCGAACUUUGAAUUCUUCAAGCCACUGGGCAAGCCGCGGCGAGGAGAUUGGCUGGCAGAGAAGAAAGAGACGGGGCAGACCUACACGACUUACAGCCGCCGCAUGAAGCCGCCGAUGACGCCAACAAAGCAUACUGACACGAUACUGCUGGUUCCGAUUGGCCACAGUUUCAGUGAAGGUAUCGCGGUGAAGUUUUUGAGCUACCUGAUUGACUAUUGCACGGCCUUCUUCGUUGGUAUGACAGUGGACGUGCUGGACAAGCCCCUGUCUCUGGCAAAGAUGCGCAAGAGGAUGAACGACUUCAUGCAUGAGCAGUACUUGAUCGCAGACUUGUUCGAUGCACUCCACUCUGAAACAAGAUCCCAUCGAAAGGCGUACUGUCGCUUGGGCAUCACCAUGGAAGACAUUUACCCGGGCGAGGAGUGGAAUUAUGUCUUCGGGCAGGCCAAGCCAAUGGAGAGGGUUGGUGUUUUCUCCUUCGCGCGGCACUCACCGUUCUUCUACAACGGUUUGCAUGCUUCGCAGGUGAAGGAAUCUGCCUCGCAUGAGCAACAAGCGGUUUGGCUCCGUGCCUGCAUGCGAACCAUGGUGCAUGAGACGUGCCACAUGUUUGGAAUCCUUCACUGCGUCUACUUCCAUUGCGUGAUGAACGGGUCAAACGGACCACACGACUCUGCUGGCAGAAGCAGCUUCAUGUGCCCCGUUUGUCUUCGGAAGUUGCUGCUGGCGCUCUCCUACGCCCCUGCUGUGACGGGAGUGCUCCCACGAUACCAGGCCAUUCUGCAGGUGCUGGAGAGGCUCUUGGCAGACUUUGCUGAUCCCUCGAUGGAGGAAGUGAUGUCAGACAUCAGCUGGCUGCAGAAAAGAAUCUCGAGUCUUCCUGCCUCCUAG